AUGGUGGGUAAACUCCUACCCUUACUGUUGACGAAAAAAAAAAAAGAAGGAAGUUUAGAACGUGGACUGUUCCCAAACAUAUUCAAUUUGGCAACAAAUGCAUUAAUAUGGUCUGAUGCAACUUGUGGACAUAAGCAUCGUGAAGUUUACUGUAAGCUGGUUGAGCAUGUUUAUAACAGGCAACCACAGUGUGAUGUCUGUGACGAUAACGACGUACGAAAGCGGCAUCCAAUUGAAUAUGCAAUUGAUGGAACAAGAAAAUGGUGGCAAAGUCCAUCGUUGGCCAACGGUCUUGAAUACGAAAAAGUUAAUAUCACCAUUGACUUACGACAGGAAUAUCAGGUUGCUUAUAUUAUUGUAAAGAGUGCAAUUGCUCCUCGGCCAGGUACAUGGGUACUUGAGAAAUCACUUGACGGUUUCAACUAUCAACCGUGGCAGUAUUUUGCUAUCAGCGAUUCAGAAUGUAUGCGAGUUUUUGGUGUUCCGGCUUCUGUUGGCGGAUUACCGAGAUUUACCAGAGACGACGAGGUGAUUUGCACAUCGUAUUUCUCCAAGUUAGAUCCGUUAGAGAAUGGUGAGAUUCAUACGUCACUUAUUAAUGGUAGACCUAGUGCUGAGUCUGCAUCAGAAGUGCUGCAGAACUUUACAAGAGCACGAUUUGUUCGGUUACGUUUGUUGAGCCUUCGAACUCUGAAUGCACACCUAAUGGUUAUUAACAACCAAGGUGCAAGAAGUCGGCUUGAUACAUCGGUAACAAGGCGAUAUUUUUAUGCAAUUAAAGAUAUCAGUAUUGGCGGUCAAUGUAUCUGCUAUGGUCAUGCAGAAACUUGUCCUCCUGAUCCUGUUACUGGGCAAUUCAAAUGCGAAUGUCGUCACAAUACUUGCGGAGAAUCUUGCCAUCAAUGCUGCCCUCUGUACAAUCAACUACCAUGGAGACAAGGAACGCAGUCUCAUCCAAAUGUUUGCCAAGCUUGUCAAUGCUUCAACCACGCUGAUCGAUGUGUUUAUGAUGAAGAGAUAGAGAGGCUAGGGCUUAGUCUAACACCAGAGGGUAUUUUUGAAGGGGGCGGACGCUGUAUUGAUUGCAAGCACAAUACAGAUGGAAUAAACUGUGAGCGGUGUAAGUGGACAUACUAUCGUCCGUCUGGCGUUACACAUUACAGAGAAGAUGCUUGUCGGCCAUGCGACUGUGAUCCAGUUGGAUCUGAGCAUGGCAACUGUGUAAGGGAUGAAACGAGUGCAGUUGAUGGACAGAAACCUGGUGAUUGCAUUUGUAAACCCGGUUUUGGCGGACGGCGCUGUGAUCGCUGCGCAGUUGGCUACAGAAACCAUCCAAAAUGUGAUCCAUGUCCGUGCAAUCAGGCUGGCUCGAUUAAUUUUGAUACUUGUGAGGAGGAAAACUGUGUCUGUAAGCAGAAUGUCGAAGGAAUCUACUGCGAUCGUUGCAAGGCAGGAACCAUCAACCUAAACAGUAAGGAUCCUCAAGGAUGCCAACCGUGUUUUUGCUUCGGGCUGGGUAAAAGCUGCACAGAAAGAGACUGGCUCAAAGGAACAAUUCGUAACAAUUUGGGGUGGAAAUUAACUGACCUGACCGGUCAAAGAGAUGUUGCUCCAAAGAUUGAAAAUGAAGAGUUGUUGGUAUACAAUUCCAAUGAUUAUAAGGGUAAUCAACUGUACUACUGGAAGGCACCAGCUUCUUUCUUAGGGAAUUUGUUGAACAGUUACGGUGGAGCUCUGCAAUACUAUGUUUACUUUGUUCCUAAUGACCAUGGACGUUCUGUUCCAAUUUCGGACGUUAUUAUUGAGGGUAAUGGCGUGAAACUGGAGUAUUAUAGCCGACAGGAUUUCUUUCCUCGCGAAAAUAUCAGUGUGCAGAUUCCAAUCAAAGAAGGCAAAGGUUGGUAUAAUUCUCGGUUCAGAGUCCCAGUUGACAAACCAGAUUUAAUGCGAGCAUUAGCCGAUGUAAAAUAUUUCCUGGUUCGAGCACUCUAUCAUGAAAAUCAAGUUCAAUCCAGGUUUGUACCAUAUUUAAAAUUAAUCAUUAACACAGUUUCUUCAUGA